AUGAGUGACGACGAAGCUCGCGCACGUAGGCGAGCCAAGCUGGCAGAGUGGAAGGCUGCUCAGGCUGCGGGCAAGGGGUCGACGGGUGCCACCACCGCUGGCACGGCUGCUGCUGCUGCUGCUCCUGCUGCUGCUGCUGCUGCUGCUGCUGCUGCUGCUGCUGUUGCAGGCACUGUGAGUGGUGGGGAUGCAUCGCUGCCAGCAACGACAAAGACUGCCGCUGAGCCUGUUGCCAUGGACACGAGCACGUCGACAACGAGUCGAAUGGGUGUAUUGGUGGGUGUCCCCGCGGGCGCGUCGUCGGCCACGGGAGCGUUCAAUGUCUCGCUCGGUGGCGGGAGGAAGAAGCGGAAGAGGACAAACUCGCUGUUUGCGGCACUGCCGCCGCUGCGGCCGAGCAAGAAGAACAAAUCCGUGGCGAUGGCAAAGAUGGGGAGUGCUGUCUCGCGAUUGUCGGGCAAUUCCAUCACGGCAAGCCAGAAGGCCGAGGCCGAGGCCGCGGCGGCUCUAGCCCGUGGCGAGGCCGUCACUCUCUCGCAGGCUCCCGAGCCGGCUGAUCUCGCUGCAAGCAGCGCAAGUGGUGGGACUCGUUUGUUUGAGCGCGAGACCGAGGUGCCAGAGCUGCCCGAGUUCUCUUCGAUUCUGGAUGAGCAGAAUCUGACGCGUGGCGGGAAGAAGGCGAUUCCGAAGGAGGCGCCCGCAGCGCACGCGGCGGCCGCGGUGGCUACCGCUGCGGCACGGCCCAUCCGCAAGUCCUUUUACGUCGAAGUGCCGGCCAUUGCCGCCAUGACCAAGGACGAGGUGCGGGCGUGGCGGGCGGAGCACGGGCCGAUUACGGUCCGCGGGCGCAAGGUCCCGCGACCGAUCUUGCGGUUCUCGCAGGCCGGCCUCCCGGCGGCGCUCCACACCGCCAUGGACAAGGCUGGGUUUGUCGAGCCGACGCCUAUCCAGGCGCAGGCCAUUCCGGCGGCAAUGAUGGGUCGCGAUCUGCUGUGCAUUGCUGCCACAGGCUCGGGAAAGACACUCGCCUUUGUCCUGCCAAUGCUCCGGCACGUGGCCGAUCAGCCACGGACUCGCGCCGGUGAGGGGCCCAUUGGCAUCAUCAUUGCACCGGCGCGCGAGCUCUGUACCCAGCUCUAUGUUGUUGUCCGCUCUCUGGCCAAGAAGCUCGGCCUGACCUCGGUCUGCGCCUUUGGCGGCUCGAACAUCCAGCCACAGAUUGCGGCGGUCCGCGCCGGCGUCGACAUCAUCGUGGCCACACCCGGCAGGCUCCUUGACCUCAUCUCGCUCAACUCGGGCCGCUUUGUCGACCUCUCACGAGUCUCGUAUGUCGUUCUCGACGAAGCCGACCGUCUGCUCGACAUGGGCUUCUCGACCCAGAUCGAGCGCCUGCUGUCCGGAACCCGGCCGGAUCGGCAGACCAUCAUGUGCUCGGCCACCUUUCCUCGGGUCAUGGAGCGGGCCGCCAAGACGUUCCUCACUGCGCCGCUGCAAAUCGUAGUGGGCGCCCGUGCCAAAGUCGCCGACACCGUCGAGCAGAAGCUUGUCAUUGUCCAGUCGGACGCCGGCCGCCUCGAUGCCUUGCUUGUCCUCCUCGACUCGGCUGUUGGCGACGACCAGGUUCUCAUCUUUGUCGACACCCGCGACGCCGCCGACGCCCUCCUCCGCGCGCUCAUCGACCGCGAGUACGUUGCCGCCGCUCUGCAUGCCGGCAUGGACCAGGGCGACCGCCUCGACGCCAUCUCGUCGUUCAAGGCCGGCGCUCUGCCCAUCCUCAUCGCCACCGGCGUGGCCACUCGCGGCCUCGACGUCAAGGGUCUCCCGUUUGUCAUCAACUACCACGUGCCGAACCACUACGAAGAGUACCAGCAGCGAGUCGGCCGGACCGGCCGCGCCGGCGCCUCGGGCACCGCCUACACCCUGGUCUCCAAGGCCGACGACGAUCUCUACGCCCCAAUCCUGGUCAAGGCCCUGACUCGGUCAGAGCUGCCCAUUCCGUCCGAGCUCACCGCCAUGGCCCAGUCGUUCGAGGCCAAGAAGGAGGCUGGCCUCGUCAAGACCUACGGCCUCGCCGGCUACUCUGGCCGCGGCCUUCCGUCGCGGUCCGGCGGCGUCUCGGCCGCCACCAAGGCUGCCGUCGCUAAGGCUGCCGCAGACGGCGCAUCGCUGGAGCAGCUUCGUGCCCUCGCCCUCGACGCCAUGGCUGAGCAGGCCGCCGCAGGCUCGCGCGCCCGAGCCAACAGCGACGACGCCGAGCUCGAGCUGGACUUUGACAUUGUCACCCUUGCUGACAAGCUCUACGCCGACGGCCUCAAGCUGGCAAGUAAUGCCAAAGCCGGCAAGGCUCUGUCAGCCAUGGACCUCGUUGCUGUCGCGCUCGCACGCCUCGCGCGCACGUCUGGCUCGGGCAUCCACGCCGCCGCCUCGAUCGCCAACGUCACCGCAGCAGACGCGCAGCCCGGCGGCGACGUCCCGCCCGUUGCCAACAACGGCAACCUCUUUGCCAUCGAGCUCGAGAUCAACGACUACUCAAAGGACGCUCGCUGGGUUGUCUCGCGCCACGGUGGCCUCAACGACAUUCUCGACGAGACCGACACCGCCAUCACCGUCCGUGGCACGUACGUCGCCCCGGGCCGGAAGCCCAAGGACGGCGACCGUAAGCUCUACGCCCUCAUCGAGGGCAAGGACAGGCUCAACGUCGUCCGCGCAUGGCGCCUCAUCCGCGACAAGGUUGAGGACGUAUCGCGCCGCUCUGCUCGCGAGGGCAACAUGGACGUCGGUAAGUACCGCAUCCUCCUCAAGACGUCCAAGGUGGUCAUCGUCCUUGCCGGUCGGUUCGCUGGCUCGAAGGCUGUCAUUGUCAACUCGCACCCCGAGGGCACCAAGGCGCACCCGUUCCCGCACGCCGUUGUGGUCGGCCUCGCCAAGUACCCGGGCAAGGUUACCCGCAGCAUGUCGCGCAAGCGCCUUGCCAGCAAGACUCGCCUCCGCACGUUUGUCAAGGUCAUCAACUUCAACCACCUCAUGCCGACCCGCUACUCGCUUGACGUCGACUUCCAGCCGAUCGUCACCCGCGGCACCGUCGUCGGUGAGGACGUGGUCACCGCCAAGGCCCAGGCCAUCAAGGAGACCUCGUCCAUGCUCCGCGCCAAGCUCCUCGCUGGCAAGCACAAGUGGUUCUUCACCAAGCUCCGCUUCUAA